GCCCUGCAUCUCUCAGAGUCUGCGACAUCCGACCACAGGCUGAGCAUGGCAGGUGGUUUUCUCCCUUACCACGAGCCCGGAGUCGUUGAGAUCUUGAUUAUCAUAUCGUUCUUCUUCUUCCUUUCUCUCGCAAAAUGGGUAUCCGCCAAAAUCAUACAGGCCGGGAUCAUCGGCCAAAUAGCCGUGGGCAUUAUCUAUGGUGUGCCCCUGGCAAAUAUCCUUGAACAUACCUGGCAGGAGACCUUUCUCGUGCUGGGAUACGUCGGGUUGAUUUUGAUUAUUUUCGAAGGUGGUUUGUCCGCCCGAUUGGAUUUGCUCAAGCAGAAUUUCUGGUUGAGUAUGAUUGGGGCUGCAACCGGCGUGUGCUUUCCCAUUGGCCUGUCAUAUCUGCUUCUCUAUUUAGGUUUUGGCUAUGGCGCUGUGGAAACAUUCAUUAUCGGGGCUGCCCUAUCGGCGACUUCCUUAGGCACAACGUUUGCUGUCCUUGCUUCCGCGUCUACCACGGUCAAUCUCUCUCAGACUCGAGUGGGUUCCGUACUUGUCAGCGCGGCCGUCAUUGACGAUGUGGUCGGUCUUGUUAUGUCAAGUGUAAUUGGCCGCCUAGGCGAGCUUUCAAAAUCAGAAGAUGUCAACCUGGGCUGGCUUAUUGGGCGUCCGAUCGUAGCCUCAGUGGCCAUGGCAGUAGCGACGCCCAUCCUCACCAAAUACUGCUUUGCGCCUUUCUUCCGCCGAUACAUCGAAUACCACUUUGCACGCUUCGACCACAUAUCCAACAUCAUCCUCAUGGUAUUGGUCUUGUCGGCCUUUGUCAGUAUUUCCGGAUACGCGGGGACAUCUGUCUUGUUCGGGUCGUUUCUUGCCGGCACGUUCAUAUCCUACCUACCGAGCAAGCACCCCGAGGGGCCGUUCGUUGUCAUGUCGCGCGAGGAAGGUGAACGAGAAAUAGAUAAGAGCCCGACCUUUGUGCACACCUUCGAGGUAUACCUCCUUGGGGUGCAGCAAUACUUGAUGGAGCCUCUGUUCUUUGCCAGCAUUGGGUUCGCGAUUCCGUUUGUUCAGCUGUGGACGGGCAAGCGAAUUUGGCGGGGGAUAGUAUUCACUCUUUUGAUGGCAUUCGCCAAGUUUAUCGUCGGUGCCUGGAUCAUUCUAUGGAAACUCUUCUUCGGGUCCAAGCCCCACAAAGACGAAGAAUCCCUCAGCAAAGCCAAACGAUCCGAAGGCGUCGAACCAGAGAAUUCUCCCGACCACGCCAAGAAAGACUCAGACAUGCGCCUCACAUCCCUAACCGCAUUACUCCUCGGCUCCGCGAUGGUCGCACGCGGUGAAAUCGGCCUGCUCAUCAUCGAGAUCGGAAUCAACGAGACCCCGUACGUGAGCGAAGAAGGCUUCAUCACGGGGGUAUGGGCAAUUCUCCUGAAUACGAUCAUCGGCCCGGUUGGCGUUGGGCUUCUAGUGCGGUUCUACGGCAAGGAGAUCGCGGCCGGUAAGGACUGGGGAACGCAGGAGGAUCCUCUCGUGGCUGCCCGCUCGGCGGCGGAUGCGCAUGGGGCUGUAUAACGCGGGGGGUGGAUACCGGGGGUUUAUAAUAGUCCCUGUGUAUUCACCGAUGAGUAUUAUCGUGUACUCUAUACAUUGUUAGAAGGUUAUUUUGGAUGUAUAUCUGUUCAGAGCUUGUAGUUCCAGAACCCACCAGGGAAAAUGAUGUUUGACAGCCUCGAAGACAAGUGAUAUCGCUCGUUCAUGACUAGCAUCAGCACCAUCCGAUAGGAAUCACCAUCAACCAAUAUUCUAGUCACACUGCAGCUGAGUACCCCGUUACUCUGCCCAUCCUCACAAAUCCCCAAACGUGACUUACUCACGUCGAAAGGGUCCGAGUCCUAAGAUACUCGCAGGAUAUUAAUAUUCGGGUGCGAACAACACAACCCCCGAGACAGAAAUGACAGGUCAACGGUAUAGAAAGUAAGCAGUACGAGAUAAUCUCAACCCACCCCAUCCUAACCAAUGCAACAAAAAUAAC